UUUCUCGACCUGAUAACAAAGACGAGUCCGUCGACAGCGUCAGACUCGAAAUUUUCAGUUCAUUAAAUUCACGGUGACAGUUUUUGGUGCGAGCGUGAACUGGCGGCAUCUGGUGCUGACAAAGCGUGUGAGUUAAGUUCAAUGGAAAAUCCUAAAUCAGCCAAGCAACAAAUGAUGGAGUUCGCUGGAGAAAAACUGUUAGAGAAACUCAAAGAGUUCAAGGAAAGUAAACAGAAAACACCCAAAGAUUCCGGUGAGCAGAGAUUAGUGGAAGACGACGUGGCACGCUCUGAAUUGGACAGUGGAACAUCCUCCGGUAUGAACACCAAAUCAGACUCAAAAGAAUUGGUCCGGUACCAUUCUGUGGUCGAGUUGGAUGCAGUUGAAGAUGAAUUUGAUAGUUGUGCGGAUUCCACGGAAGACAUACAGUCGAGCCUGCAGGAGCAGGAAAGAGCAAGAUUGCUAGAUAGCACCAAAAAUUGGCUACAACCCACGCCUUCAUCAAAACCUAAUUCCACAUUACCAGAUAACUCCAUCCCUAUAUGCAACCCCAAGCCAGAAAGUCCAAAUGCGGAGCUUUCAAACUUUGUCCAGAAAAAAUCGAUUGCUCAAGGGAUGAUGGACCUGGCUCUGGUCUCCGCCAACACUAACCAGCUACGCUACGUAAUGGACAUUGGCAGCAGACAUCCGUAUUUCUACACUAGCAUAGCCUUAAUUAUCACCAGUCUGGUGAUGCAGCUAAUCGUGGGUUUGGCACUGAUCUACAACAGCAGGUUCAACAUUCGAAAAAAGCACGAGAUGCGCUCAGCCGAUCGAAUCAACGAUUUAUCCGUAAUUGGAGUAUUUCUGAUCACGCUAGUCAAUGUGUUCAUUUCGACAUUCAACGGAUCAAACGCAGGCAUUUACUCGAGUGAGACGAUACCGAUGUCAACGGAAAAUGUAACUACAGCCAUUCCGGACGUAGGAAGCGUCCUGAGUUCCAGUGUAGAUGGUAGCUGAGAUGGGUAUCGUUGGUCGUGAAUUAUUCCAAUUGACUUGGUACCGGAUGGGAAAAUACUUAUUGUGUGCAAACAUGACUGAAGGCUCAGCGAUUAUUGACAUAUUUCCAGAUGGAUCGAAAUGAAAUUGUUAUAAGUGAGAUAUUCUUAUGUUGAAAGCCUAUUUAUUAAACAAAUAAUGAUUUACGUAGUGUACGUUUAAAUUUAAACAACAUAAAAAUCCUACAUGAAUCAACCACUCUA